CGAUAGGUGGCCUAAUGCAUCAGCCGCAGUGAUUUGUCAAAGUAAUAAAUUUAUUAUUCUUGAUUAAUCUAUUUACGGUGUAAUUCCACAUUAUAUUACAAUGGAGAGAGUUGUAAUAUUUGGUUCUACCGGUAUGACCGGCUUAUGUGCUGUAGAAGCCGCUGUUAAUAAAGGUUUAAAUGUAAGGGCCUUUGUGAGAGACCCUUCCAAGCUUCCCGACCACUUGAGAAACAGUGUGGAAGUUGUAAAAGGCGAUGUUUUAAAUUAUAAUGACGUCCUAAACGCUAUUAAGAACGUUACUGCAGUAGUUGUGGUGUUGGGCACCAACAAUGAUUUAAAAGCCACUACAGUUCUCAGCGAAGGCACUAAGAAUAUCGUUAAGGCAAUGAAGGAAUUGAAUGUUGAGAUUAUUUCGGUUUGCUUGUCAGCAUUUUUGUUCUAUGAGCCUGAAAAGGUGCCCCCAAUGUUUAAGGAUUUAAAUGCAGACCAUCAAAGGCAGUUUGAUAUUGUUAAGGAAUCGGGAUUGAAAUAUAUUUGUAUUCUGCCACCACAUAUUGCCAAUUUGCCGGGUACAGACUACCAAAUACAGUAUGAUGCCUCACCAGGAAGGGCCAUUUCAAAGCACGAUUUAGGCAGAUUUUUAAUUGAUUGUGUGACUCAACCAGAACACUACAAAAAAGUCUGUGGUAUCUGCACAAAACAUUAAUUUUAUUACUUGAGGCCCAACAUAGGGACCAUUAAACAAAAAAAGCCAAAAAUUAUUAGAAAAUAAGUUACAAUUACUUUGGUAUUUUUUUAUAUUGUUUAUGUAGAAAAUAUUAUAGGAAACAUGGUUUUGUAAUAGGUAUUCUAUAGGUUUAAGGAAAAGGCAGUUAUUCUUUGUUGCUUUAUUUAUUUUUAAAUAAAUAUAAUAUAAAAAC